CCUUCCCCAUGGUUUUGUUCUGCCCGUCAUCACUGUCACGACUCACGAGGGGAGAUCAUCAGAAGCACCACGCUCGCAUAGCAGGCUAGCUAGGGAGUAGGGACUAGGGAGUAGCGGAGCAGCAGGGAAACACCUCGCCACCUCUCACACCGAUCCAUCAGCGACGAUCUAGCUUAAUUGGAUCCAUGGAGUCGGCGCAGAAGAAGAAGGUUGGAUCCAUGGAGGUGGAGAUGCCUGGUGUGGUUCCUGUGAGCGCGACGGUGGCCGCUCUUCCGGCCGCUGUCAGAUUUGUCAGCCUUUGGGCGCUCGUCACCCCCUUCGUCUUGUUCCUCGUCUUCGGCGUUUGGGCGCUCCUCACCUCCGCACUGUCUAUGUUCUUUCCGCAGAAGGACGCGGAGGCGAGCGCCCUGGACGUCGGGAUCGUGUGCUGCGCCGCGCUCCAGGCGGCCGCGGCGGUGCUGGCUGUGCGGCUCCCGUGCCGCCGCGUCUGGGUCCGCUACGCCUUGGCCUACCUCGCCCUCGCGCUCACCAUCGCCGGCCACUUUAUGUACUUCGCCCAAGCAGACUGCUUCUCCAGAAUCACCUGCACCGUCGGCAUGUACGAGUACGCUGCGGGCGAUAUCAUCUGCUUCCUGGCCCUCCUCCUUGGCCCCCUCCUGGAAGCAUGCCAAGAUCGAGUACGUUGCCGAUUAGCUCAGCUAAGCUAGCUGCAUGCAGGGGAUCAGCUCAUGAGGUACUGACUGAGUACCUCAUGAGGUGCGUCGUCUUUAAUUAUGGAAUAAUAUGCAGAGACGAUUCAUCUCAUUUCAGUGCGGUCUGUCUGUCUGUCAGAAUCUACUACACUAGUACUGUAGUGUUAAUCUCAGUACUAUGUAGUUAGUACUCCCUAGAUUGUGUGCUGCGUGCCUGCGUCGUACAAUCACCCUAGAUAAUUGUGGUUUGUCUUCGAUGAAUUUGACAUGUUACCAGACGUCAGUUAUAUUGGUAUUAUGCAUGGGCAUGGUUAUAUAUAUCUAGUUUCGGGAUAAUUGAUGCUGUUGAAAUUGGUACUGCAUGCAGUUCAUAACUUCAUAUGCGUGCACAUAUAUGUUGUUUCUCGUGUUGAGAAUUACUGUAUUUCUCAUUUUUUCUGGCAAACCGCUGGCUAUCAAUAAUGCACUC